AUGGCGGCUGCGCUGGAGGAGGAUCAGCCGGAGAAGCACUGUUGGGUUUGUUUCGCCACGGAGAGCGACGAUCACAGCGCGCAGUGGCUGAGUCCGUGCCGGUGUCGUGGUUGCACCAAAUGGAUCCAUCAGUCUUGUCUUCAGCGUUGGUUGGACGAGAAGCAGAGAGGGAGUGGCGAUGCAGGCGUCUGCUGCCCGCAGUGCGGGACGCGUUAUCAUCUCGUUUUUCCUAAGAUGGGUCCGCUGGUGUACUUCCUGCAGCAGGCGGACCGCGCGCUCUCCCGGGCAAGCCCCUUCGCCGCCUUGGGGGCGCUGGUGGGCACGGCUUACUGGUCGGCCGUCACGUACGGCGUCGUGGCUGUCAUGCAGGUGGUGGGACACGAGAAGGGUCGGAACAUGAUGAAGCAAGCCGACCCGCUCUUCUUGCUUGUGAGUCUCCCGGCCAUCCCCGUGGUCCUGGUCCUGGCCAAGAUGGUGCGGUGGGAAGACUACCUGGUGCGCCUCUGGCUCCGAAUUUCCCACCAGCGCCAACACGCUCUGAGCGGUUACCUACGUCCUCUGCCGCCGCCGGCUGCCGGAGACCACCUGUCGGUGUCGCGGACCCUUUGCGGCGCUCUGGUUCUCCCGUGGAUCUCCAGCAUGCUGGGACGGCUUCUCUUCCGGUGGGUCGACUCCAACCUGCAGCAGACUCUCUUGGGGGGCGCUACCUUCGUGCUGCUGAAGGGCUCUUUGAAGGUGUAUGUCAAACACCAGCAGCACAUCAUGCGGACCAAGCGAAACAUCCUGGACUAUCCGGACACUCGUGAUACCGCCACCAGUCCGUGA